AUGGAACUCACUUGGCUCCCAGAUAUCCCCCAGUCGCGGAAUCGCACUAGAGCCUUGCGGGCUUGUCCCACGUGCCAGCGAUCAAAGGUGCGCACGCGAACAUUAAACCCAGCAAUCCUCCAUCUAACCUCACAACAGAAACGAUGCCGACAUUUAAUCCCCAAAUGGGAGCCCUCCAAUGAUCCAAAUCGACGGUCACCCCAAUUGAACGAUGAUCCUGCCAGGCCUACCCACAGAGAUGUCUCGAAUCGCGAGCAGCUUCCUGCAUCCGCGCACAUAGACCGAACACGGACAACAUCCGAUAAUCCAGCUUUGUUAUCGGUCCCUGCCACCGAGCGAUUUGUGGGAGAUCUCAAUCCAGAAUCCCUGAUUCGCGAGAGAUUAGAUGAGCCGACUGGGAGCCCUCUACGGGAUCGCAUCGGGCUCUGGAUCAACUCCCCAGCUGCGCAGAAAGCGAAGCCUCGGAGCGUACAGAGAGGACAAGCCACAGCCGAAGAAUCUGCAAGCAAUUUACCGGCCGAAACGGCAAUAGAUGGCCAAGCCAUUGCAUCAUUACUUCACCAACGGUUUACCGCGGGGAUGCAAGCAUGCGAACGACUACCCCUCGGGACGCGGCAGUAUUUGUCCGCUAUCUACUUCUCCAAGGUUAACCACAUUGUACCAAUAGUCGACCAAGAAUUUAUCCAAGCCCAAGCAGAAGGGUUGGCGUCGGUGUUUCUAGAAAAAGCCAUAUGCCUCACCGCAGCAAAGACCCGUGCGGCUAAUCCGUACCUACGCCUUGUGUCAGGCGGCCCAAUCCUAUCGUCACGCCAAUUCUGUUCUGAGAUUUAUAAGGGGCUGGUCGUCGCCAUGGACGCAGAGCUAGAGCCGGAUCGGUUGACACGGAUUCGCAUCCUAGCACUAAUGUCCUUGCAUUGUGAGGGCCUUGAAGGGGCCGAGGCAGCGUCUCUGCACCUCUGUCAAGCUAUCCACCAGGCCCAGACGGUAGGAUUGCAUCUUGGCCGACCGAAUCAAACCUCCACAGAUUCCCUGACUAAACUUUUUUGGUGUCUAUGGACAUUGGACAAGAUGCAUGCAAGUAUCGGUGGCCGGCCGGUUCUUUUAGCUGACCGUGAUAUCGGGGUCGUGAAGCCCAGUGUCAGGGCUCCGACGUCACGAGGGGCUUUUGAGGUGUGGCUUGCUGUUUCAGACCUACUCGCAACUGUGAUAUCGUUCUAUCGACCCUCUGCAGAAAUCACAAGCGGUUGGGAAGAGGGGUUCCCUGCAUUUGAGGAUAUCGUGGGGGAGGGUACCCAAGAUGAUCUGGAUUUUGCUACUCUAGGCUUCUUAGAGCUUUAUUAUCAUUCUGUGGCUAUUUUGUCCUGUCGAUAUAAACCCACCGAGAGCAUCGAUGGCACCAGGCUCUCGUCUGUCAGACAAGGACUGGCAGCUGUUCGUAUUCACUCCAUCGUGGCAUCGGAAUGUGCAGAUGACCUACCACCUCUCCCAAUCGUGCCAUACUCUGUCACCUUGUCGAUGGGUGUCUCGUACCGCCAACUCCGCUCGAGCAGACUUAUCACGCAUCUCGACCGAGCGAAAGCUAGUCUUGAGGCGUGCCGCUCUGUUCUAGAAAACCUUAGUCCAUACUGGUAUUCCGCCGAGGCGAUGGCCCGGUUGGGCCAAAAAGCCUUGCACCAGAUCCAAGGCAAGUCACAAUCCUCUCGAACAAACCCUGCGGGUCCACAGCAUGUGGCAGAGUCCUCGCACAAACAAGUCAACGCCGACAUCUCGGUAUCAGAGGGGCUAGAGACGACCAAGUCCGUACCCCAAGACAACGACUCCCCCCAAGCCAAGAGGCAGCGCAAUAACAGCUAUGGAAUCGCAACUGUGUCUCCGGCACCGGAAAUUGCAAUGGAGGUCCACCAACCUCCGGUGGGUGAUCUUGAUACAUCUAUGCAAGACGGGUUUGCAGACAUUGACACACUGUUUGGAGAGUUCCUAGAUAUCUCUCUACCCACCAAUUUCUGGGACCCUAUCUUUAUGGACGCUGAAGGGCAAACGAAUGAUAUGCAGUCGUAA